CCUGCUGUUCUGCCAGAGGACUCGGUGUCCGCUGUCGAGCUUGAUGACUCGGUGCCCGCUGUUCUGCCAGAUGACUCGGUGCCCGCUGUCGAGCUUGGUGACUCGGUGCCCGCUGUUCUGCUAGAUGGCCCAGUGCCUGCUGCCCAGCCUGAUGUGCCUCUGUCCGCUGCCCAGCCUGAUGUGCCCCUGUCCGCUGCCCAGCCUGAUGUGCCUCUGUCCGCUGCCCAGCCUGAUGUGCCUCUGUCCGCUGCCCAACCUGAUGUGCCUCUGUCCGCUGACCAGCCU